ACCAUGCUGAACGUGCUGCUGCUGUGCUGUGGGCUGCUGCAGGGGAUCCAGGCUGUGCUGGAUCUCAGGACUGCUGACCUCAGCUGUGGCCACCUGCAGAAGGCGAGCGGCGGGCUGGAGCGGGUGGACAGAGCCCGCCAGGCCAGCCUGCAGCGCAAAGGCAAGGAGGUGUCUGCGGAGCCGGCAGGAGCUCUCCCAAGGCUGGGGUUUGAGCAGAUGACCCUGGGGGUCCAAGAAGCUGAUGGUGACCUUUUGCAGAGAGGCAGCCUGCUGGAACCACAGGCAUCAUCCACAGAACUGCAAGCUGAGGGCCGUGAGGAGCGCUCCCCCCGCCGCUGUGUCCGUCUCCUGGAGUCCUGCCUGGGCCACCAGAUCCCCUGCUGUGACCCCUGUGCCACCUGCUACUGCCGCUUCUUCAACGCCUUUUGCUACUGCAGGAAAAUCAGCACCAACUUCCCCUGUGGCAAGAACUAGCGCC